AUGACUCGUUCCCAGAUGCUGUUGACCUUCAGGGAUGUGGACACAGAAAUCUGUCAGCAGGAGUGGGAAUGCCUGAACCCUGCACAGAGGGGCCUUGUGCAGGGAGUGAUGCUGGAGAACUCGGGAGCCUGCGCUCCCGGCGGAGGAUAUCUCUGCAGAUGUGUGGCCCAUGAAUUAUCACCAAAGGAGGAGAGUAACAAAGGAAGAUUUUCCCAAACAGUGAUGGGAAGACACAAAAGCAAUGACAUCAAGGAUUUUGACUUCAGGAAAGUGCAGCAAAAUAUGCAUGCUUGUGAGAGUCAGUGUGGAUACAAUGAAGCAAAUUACAAAGGUAUGACUAUGUCCAUAACAAAAAUUUCACUGGUACAAGAGAUCAACAGCAUGAUGAACCUUGGAAUAACUGCCUUAUGA